AUGUUUGAGGUGGAUUAUAAUUGUGUCUUCACAUCCUUGGUGUCAAAGUUGACUGAGAGAAAUAUCGUUACUGGGAAAGUAUGGUUCAAGCUCCCAUAUGAAAAUAUUGAAGAUAGAAAGCCGUUGUGGGAAAAUGUGGAGAAAAACAAGAAGAAACUGGAAACAGCAGGUCGAUGGUAUAAGGAGGUCGACAUAUAUAUUGAAAAGGAUGGUAUUGAGGCUAGAGAAAAUGGUGUACAUGAAGAGAUGGCCAUUGAACCGAUUCAUGAAGGUGGUGAGCAUGGGAGUGAUGAUGAAGUUGAAGAUCCAACAUAUGGGGUCGAAGCUUCAGAUGAUGAUAGUGUAGAUUUUGAGGCAGGUUGGUCUGAAAAUUCAGAGUCUGAUGAUGAGGUUGAGGUAGUUGAGGAGGAGAUAGAUAUUUUAGAAGAUGUGGAUUAUGAAGAACAAAUUCCAGAUGAAGAUGAGGUUUACCCUGCCACUGAUGACUCAUCUGGUGAUGAAGAAGAACAAGCUGAGAGGCUGGUUAAAAGAAAUGUGCUUGAUGGUGUUUUCAGUCUGAGGCAACUAUUCAGUACUGGAGAGGAGUUUAAGGAGAAUGUGAUCAGAUACAUUCUGAAGACAAGGAGAAAUGUUGUCUUUGAUAGAUGGGAGAAGACUAAGCUUGGUGCAAGGUGUGAUGAGAAAGAUUGCGGGUGGCGCAUCUACUGCUCAGUGGAGAAUCCAAUCGGGAAGUGGAUGGUGAAAACCUAUGAGGACGAGCAUCAGUGUCAUCCUGUGGGAAGGUGUAAACAGAUCAAGAGUCCUGUGAUAGCUGAUCUAUUUUUAGAAGACAUUAGGCGCGAUCCAGAAAUGAGUGCUCCUGAAAUCAAAGAUGAAAUGAAGAGGAGGUACAACAUCAUCAUCUCACCUCCACAGUCGCAAGUUGCUAGGCGAAUGAUCUUUGAUAAACUCCAAGCUGAAACGAAUGAGCAGUUUGCGAGACUUAGAGAUUACGAGCAUGAAAUUAAGAGGACAAAUAAAAACACAACUGUGGAGAUCAACACCAUCAGAAGAGAGGAUGGAGAGGAAAUAUUCUCACAAAUCUACAUCUGUUUUGAAGCUCUAAAGAGGUCGUGGAAAGCCAACUGCAGACCUAUCAUCGGCUUAGAUGGUACAUUCUUAAAACAUUCUGUCCAGGGGAUGAUUCUCACCGCAAUUGGAAGGGAUCCAAAUAAUCAGAUAUAUCCUAUAGCUUGGGCAGUAGUUUCGGCUGAGAACAAUGACAACUGGGAAUGGUUCGUUCACAAGUUGAAGCUUGACUUGGAUUUGGGUGAAGGUGAGAACAUUUCUAUCAUAUCCGACAUGCAUAGAAGCUUGAUUCAUGGUGUUGCUACUGAGUUGCCAAAGGCUGAGCAUCGAGCAUGUGCUAGGCACAUCUACGCCAACUUGAAGAAACUCCAUAAGUCUGACACUUUAAAACCACUGUUUUGGAGAGUUGCGAGCAGUUAUAACGAAGCUGAUUUCAAGGAGAAUCUAAAAACUUUCAGACAGUUUGAUCCUAGGGCGUGUGAUGAUCUGUUGAAGAAAGAUCAUCGAAUGUGGUGCAGAGCUUUUUUUAGGAUUGGUUGUUGUUGUGCGGAUACUCACAACAAUCUGACUGAGUCUUUCAAUAGGACUUUGAAGACUGCAAGGAAGAAGCCAUUUGUGCAGAUGCUGGAGCUCAUAAGAAGAGAUGCAAUGCAAAGAAUUGCGAAUAGGUACAAGAUAGCUUGCAAGGAGAUUGGAAGACACACAAAGAAAGCAAGAAAAGAGAUGGAGAAGUCGUGUGAAGAAGCUCAGCAUUGUUACUCCGUGUCAAGUACUGGUGGGAAAUAUGAGAUUGUGGAGGGGACAAAUGGCUAUUCAGUCCAUCUUAAUAGGCGCACUUGUGUAUGCCGAAAAUGGGACUUGACAGGUAUUCCUUGUCGCCAUGCUGUUUCUGCAAUCCGGGAGAACACCGGGCUAGUUGAGGACUACAUUUCUGACUUCUAUUUGACUGAUAAACGGAAAGAGACGUACCGGAAAGGUCUGAAGCCUGUAAAUGGCCCUAAGUUUUGGGAAGAAGUUGGAGGCAAACGCAUCUUUGCACCACCUUAUAAGCGACCACCAGGUAGACCAAAGAGUAAAGCGAGGAUCAAGGGUGUCCAUGAAUCACCGUCGAAAAAGAAAGUUGGUCGGAAAGGAAGAGAAGGACAUUGUGGGCUGUGUGGUGAAAAGGGACAUAACUCAAGGAGGUGUCCACAUGAGUCUCAAGAAGACAAAGCAAAGAGAAGGCGUCUUAAUGAGGAAGCUCAGUUGGAGGCACAAGUACAAGAUCAACUACAAGAUCAAGAGGAAGCUAAUGACCAAGCACAAGAGGUGGCUGAAAUGGAAGCUGAUUUCAUGGCUCAAUUAGUUGAAGAUCAAUCACAGUUUGAAGUUCAAGACAUUUCUUCUACUGCCCCACAACCGACUCAAGUACUCCGAAGAAGCAACCGUUUGGCUUCAUUGUUGUUUGGUUGA